UCAUGAGCCAAAAGAAAGAAGAAAAUUUAAAAAAGAGCUAAUAAGGGGUAUAAUAGUCUUUUCAUGUUAAACAGUACGACCAAAACUCGAAAAGAAAGUAAGAAACGGCUCUACCGACCGGUCAUGGCAGGUUACAUAUAUAGUUCGAGGAGGGUCAAACUCGAAACACUUUCCUUAGCUUCCCGUUUCUACCUUGUCUAAAAGUCUCUUUCCACCGGUAGAAAAGAAAGGGCUUCCUUAUGGUACCUUGGGUGCAUGAUUGAGGCUUAUGUUUGUACAUCUUCCUAUAGUGAAUAUAACUUUAUGGAUGACGGUCUUGGGAAGAUCAAGGUGAUUCCAGAUCAUUUUAAAAUCUCAACUCCCAGUGGUGACUCUCCUCAGGACAGAAGUUCACCUGCUUCACAGCCGAUUAUUGAUAAUUCUUCAAGGUCCUGUAGCAGUUUAUGGUCUGGACGAAAAUUGAAAAGUGCUGCAUUCAUGUUGAAUCUGUUCAGCUUACGUGGGUUGCCAUGGAGAGAUGCUGAUGGUCAGCAAAAGGUUCAGUUGACUGCUGCAGAGUUGGAGUCGCUUAGAUCAGAACUUGCUGAUAUAGAAGAGAGAGAAGCUCACUUGAAAGCUCGGUUGGAACAUAUUGAUGAAAUUUUGCGGUCUGCUCGUCUUUCUGGCUAUUUGUACAUCCGAACCAGGUGGACAGCUUUACCUGGAGAACCUGCUCCUAUUGAUGAUACCGAUGUUGAUGACUGGCUUCCUAGAUUUGUUGUUCUUCACGGCAAAUGUAUAUUCUUCUAUUUAUCCUCCACAGAUUUGAGCCCUCAGGAUUCCACCCUUCUGUCUGAUGUUGUUGAAGUAGGUUCUCUGCCAAGCUUUACAAGAGAAGAUGAAGGGACGCGAUAUUCCUUUUAUAUCUUAACUCGUCAAGGACUGCGCUACGAGUGUUCACAUGUUUCUAAAAUACAGGUGGACACCUGGUUAUCGGCUUUGCAGACAGACUGCAAGGUGGGUUCUGAUGUUAAAGUUCCAAAUGGUUCUAGUGAAAAGUAAAACCAUUUACAGAUUUUUUUAACAGUAACUUGUAUAUAGGUCAAAUCUAGCGUGCAUAUUGAACUCAGCUUACAUUGAAUCACUGGGAUCCCACUAACAAUUCUUUUGUGAAUGUACAUAUGUUGGUAUUUCAAAUAAAUCAGCAUAUCUGUCUUGUGUUAUUCCUCUUGAGUUGUAAUUCUUUUCUCUUAGAAAUGAGAAUUUUGGUUGGUUGGUUUGGUCAACCAACUUCUUUUGCAUGCUAAGGAAAGGGUCUUGUUAGAUCUUCAAAAUUGUUUAAAGCAGAGGAGUUUAAGCGUUAUUGACAGCUUUUCUCCAGAGAGAACCCUCCAAAUUAUUGUGAUCGACCUCUUAAUGCAGAGGUUGACAACAAGAAGUUAGAUCCCGUAAAGCUGGAAUAUCCAAUUAGGUAUACCCGUGCCAAUAAGUCUUAAUUUCAAUCAUUUGUACCACUCCUCGUUAAUAACAAAACAUAAUGUUGAUGGAGAAGCAAUCUAGUAUAUAUUUGGUAUGAACUAGGUAUUAGGAAAAAACAGAAAUCUUUUUGGUUGGUUUGCAUUUUGGGUCUUUUAAAAAAAACAAAUCAGCAGAUAACUAUAGCCUUUUGGGCUCAUCCCACUCCAACGGUCUUUGUUAGUGUGUUUAAGCCUCGCUGCGAAAAAAAUAAAAGAUGAAGAAAAAAGGAACUUUACCUUUGCAUUUACAUUUGGCGAUCAGAUCGUACGGUUUCGAAAAGUUUAUUUUAUUUAUCGGCAGCGGUUGGUAAUUAUAUC